UGUGUGUAAAGUUAGUUUUUUCUUCUUAAAUAGACUAAAUCUGACAAUACGUAAUCAGAAUUAUUAUUAAAUUAUUUAAGGCUUGUCAAAGGAACAAGAGGUCCCGAAAUAUUCCGCGUUUUACGUAAAGAUGAUUGAAGAGUCCUGUUAGAUUUAUGAAGGCCACAAAAUAGAUAUUGAACUUGUUCCAAUUAAAUGCGCUGUGAAAGAGAAACGCAGACUCAAUUCUCGCGGUGUUUCGUCUAAAGUUGCCGAGCAACCGCAGAUCAUCAACAUAGCCUGCCAGGACGCUCACAUGACAGCGGAGGACUGUAAACAAAUGUGGAAGCUCUACCAUAAACCAAACAAACAUGUCAUAUAAAGCAUUCUUGAGCCAUAGCAAAGUAUCAAAAGAGGACCAGGAGUUUUAUGACUUGAAGAACAAAGCCGCAGAGUAUUACAGGUCCAACGGGGUCCCGCAGAAGAUAGAAAACGUCCUGAACGAGAUGUUUUGGCAGAAGCCGGAUGAUAUCUAUGGUUAUCUGGCAAACUAUUUUUCCAGGCUCUCCUAUACUCCUGUGAUUAGCAAAAUCAUCGGAAGAGAGGUGUUUGACGGAAAAGGACUGACAGCAGUUCAGACCCAAGUCUACUGCAUCAUCAGAAAUGAGGAAAAGGUGGUGUGCAGUGCAGUGAUGAGUGGCCCUAGAGAUGGUCUGGAGGAGGAUAGUGUGGCAGAGUCAGGGGAGGCAUUUUCUAACAGCAACCAGCAACGUCUGUAUAUCACAGCGGCUCUAAAGUGGAUCAGAGAGCAUCUCAGUCCAAUGCUGCAAGGCUUCAACCCCAUUGAUCAAACCAGUGUAGACAAACUACUCAGUGAUUUCUUCAUGGCACGUUACCUGGAGCACAAGGACAGUCUUAACAUAGAUAAGGAGGAUGAGCUGAGGAUUGAAUCAGUAUCUGAAGCUCCGCCCCAGGCCACUCCCAUUCCUGCACCUACCAAAGACAAGAAAGGAAGUGAUAAAGGGAAAAAAGGAAAUAGCACAGAGAAGCUCCUCCCUCCUGCAGAAACCCCUUUGCCACAGCUGCCAGGGGCUACGGCAGUGGGUGUGGUUUCUUUGGCUGUGGCAAAAACUGCUGCCAUACUUUUAGGAGAACCCUUAUAUCGACAUAUCACAUCAGUCAGAGUCCCGCAGGCUCAGAGUGAGAUGCACCUGCCUGUGCCCAUGAUUACAAUUCUGAGCUGUGGAAAGAACUCUGUGGGUAAACUCAACCUGCUGGAGGAGGUCAUCCUCAUGCCCAGCUCAUCACAAAGAGUCAGAGAAGUCAUUGGCAUGGGCUUUGAGCUGCAGUGUGAAAUGAAGAGAGUUUUGAAUGGAUCUGCGUAUAAAGCUGGGCCUAUAUGUGUAACAGAAGAUGGGGCAUUACAGGUGGGGUUUGAACGUCCCGAACAGGCUCUUGAUCUGAUCACAGAGGCAUGUGCUAACCUGGCAUUGCCUCUGGGUUCAGACCUGCAAUUGGCUAUAAACUGUGCAGCACACGGCCUGAUGGACUAUUCAAGGGGGAAGUAUGAGGUGAUGUCUGGCUGUCACAAAUCCCAUGAUGAAUUGGUGGACAUGUACGAGGGUCUGAUUAAUAAAUAUCCUGCUAUCACAUUCCUCAUUGAUCCUUUCAGGAAAGAGGAUGUAGAUCAGUGGGAGAGACUGGCUUCAGUGAUUGGUCAGUCAUGCUGCCUGAUUGCAGAUGCUGCAUCCAAUCUCUGUCCUUGCUGGAGUGAAGUGAAACCCCUCCCACCUGGAGUCACCAGAGUCAUUAUUAGGCACCACAGUGAUAUGACCAUCUCUGACCUUAUACGAAGCAUAGCAGAGCAGAAAGAUGCAGAGACAAUGCUGGCUGCAGGCAGUGGUGAUGCAUCAAUUGUUGACCUGGCUGUAGGGUCAGGCGUGUCCUUUCUCAAACUGGGUGGGUUGAGAGGAGGAGAGCGAAUGGACAAAUACAAUCGUCUGUUGGCGAUAGAAGAGGAACUGGAGCAGGAGGGGAUCCUGGGUGCUAGAGAAAAAAAACAGCCUCUGUCAGAUCUUUCUGAAACACUUAACUCCGGAAGCGGCUGUGACUCUGUGACCAUCUCUACUUGAUGUGACUUCAUCUCCUGUCUGUCUGCCUGACAUUAUCACAGUAGGGAUGUCUGACCUGACUGCAUGACACCAAAAUGCAUAUUAAUUACAGUUUACAUCAAAAUAUAUUUUUAGUGCAAGACUGUAAACAUGCUAACUGACUCAUCACAUGUACCAUAUUUCUAUGUGAUAUGCUUUGGUGCUUAUAGAGGGUAUAUACAUUAAAAACAUUAAAUAAAAAUAAACUUGUUUUUAUAUA